GGCGACUCGGUGACAGUCGCGCGCCCACAGUCAAACCCAGCGGUUCAACACUCAAUUUUCGCGAGAAGGCGGUACAUAUCACGUAUAAUAUAUAUAAACGUAUAUAAUAUAUACAUUCAUAUGCAUAUAUGUAUAUAGAACAGCUAAUAUUAAAUUAAAGACAAUUGUAGUGAUAAGGAGAGCCUAGCCGAAAGUAACAAUGUCGGACACCCAUUCGAAUUCCUUACGCAGCCUGAGUCCAGAGUUGGCCAAAAAGGCGCAUGAUGAGCUGGGAGAGGUUCCGGAGCGGAUCGAUGAAGAUAUCGAAACUUUGCGAACUUGGAUCUCCAAGCAGCCGCAUCUGAAGGCUCGUCAAGAUGCUCAGUUCCUGGUGGCCUUUCUGCGAGGCUGCAAAUACAGUUUAGAGAAAACCAAACUGAAAUUGGACAACUUCUAUGCCAUGAGGGGAGCAGUACCAGAGCUCUACAAGAAUCGCAUUGUAGGCGAGAAGCAGCUGAGCAUUUUAGAAACUGGUUGCCUUCUCCGAUUGCCACAACCAUUGAAGGCAGAUGGUCCUCGCAUCCACAUCUCCCGCUACGGUCAAUAUGACUCCAAAAAGUACUCCAUUGCCGAGGUCAUCCAGGUGAAUACGAUGAUUGGUGAGAUUCAGAUACGUGAGGACGACAAUGCCAUGAUAUCUGGCUUUGUGGAGAUCAUCGAUAUGAAGGGUGUUGGGGCGGGACAUAUAUUCCAGUUUGAUGCUGUGCUGGUAAAGAAACUGGCCGUUCUGGGUGACAAGGCUUAUCCCUACAGGCCCAAGGGCUUUCACUUUGUCAAUGCACCCUCCAGUGCCGAAAAGUUCAUGUCAAUUGCCAAGAGUCUAAUGAGUGAGAAGAUACGAAAGCGGUUCCACAUACACUCUAAACUGGAAACCCUCUAUAACUAUGUGCCCAAGGAGUGCCUGCCCGCUGAGUAUGGUGGCAGCAAUGGAACCGUACAAGAUGUGGUCAGUACAUGGAGGACAAAGCUCUUGGCCUACAAACCUUUCUUCGAGGAGGAGGUUUCCUAUGGCACAAAUGAAAAGCUGAGACGAGGAACACCCGUCAGUGCUGAAUCGCUGUUCGGAAUUGAAGGAUCCUUUAGAAAACUCGAUAUCGACUAAUGUAGACACUUCACAUAGCAAAUAGUAAUCUUUAAUCAUUAACUUUGUACAAAUGCAGAAAAAUCGGAACUAAAAAACUAAAAACAUGAA